GCGCCAAGGCGGGGGUGGGGUGUGGGGGGGGAGGCGCCGGUGGGGUCAGCGCGCGUGCGGGUUGCGGUUGCUCUCCUUCCCUCCCCCUUCCUGCUCAGUGCGUCUCGGGGUUUUGCCACCAUUUUGUGCCGCCGCCGGUUUUCCGCCGUUGUUUUUCUCGCGCCUCGCUCCCCCGCCCGCCAAACCGAAACAACGGCCCCUAUGGCGGAAAGUCAGUCAGCGGCCGGGCAGGGAGAAUCCGCGGCUCUGGGCGGAUCGGGAAUCUCCGGUUUGGAAUCUGACAACCGGCGGCGGCUGAGCGAGCUACGCGUGAUAGACUUGCGGGCCGAACUCAAGCGCCGCAAUUUAGACAGCAGUGGAAACAAGAGCGUCCUGAUGGAGCGGCUGAGGAAGGCUAUUGAGGAGGAAGGGGGUAAUCCUGAUGAAAUUCCAGUGGUUUCAGAUAAUACGAAGAAAACUCCAAAAAGAAACAGCAAAGGACGUAAAGCUGAUGAAGAGGGAGCGGAAGAUAAUGGCCUGGAAGAGGAUUCAGGAGAUGGACAGGAGGAUAUUGAAGCAAGUUUGGAUAACUUGCAGGAUAUUGACAUGAUGGAUAUUAGUGUGUUAGAUGAAGCUGAAAUAGAUAAUGGCAGUGCUGUAGACUGUGGAGAGGAUUACAUUGCUGAUAAUAAUCUUGACUCACUGUCUGAUAGUAAAGAAAAUGCUGAUGCAGAAAUGAAAGAACUUCCAGAUCAGCCUACAGAAUGUGCUGUAGGUCACUUGGAGACAUCCCCACAAUUUUCAGAAAUUAAAGAAGAAUCAAGAGAAAUACCAAUAGUGAUGGUAGAGGUUGAAGAUGUUGGAAACAGUUUAGAUGCUUCUUCACCUGCUUUAACCAUAAUCAAGGAACUUCAAGAGUUACCUUUGGAGCCAGAAAAUGAGAAAAUACUCGACAUUUUGGGGGAAACUUGUAAAUCUGAACUACUUAACGAAGACACUUCCGAAGCGGAGAGACCACAUGCACAGGAAGCAAGUAACCUGGUGCCAGGCAAGAGGCGAGCAGAGGAAGAGGACGCUCUUGCUGCUGCUCAGGUGGAGGAAGAGGCUUUAGAUUUGGACAGCAAAUCAGCACAAGCUAUGGCAAGGAAGGAAGCGAAGCGUUUAGUUGUAGCAAAAGGGGAGAGAAGUGAACAGACAAUAGAGGAAGAGACCCCGGACUCUGACUCUUUAGGAGUAGAGACCCUCAGUGAUCAGAGUAGCAAACGCUCCCAAGGCCUGGAAGCCUCUAGUGGGGAAACAGCGGCCAAAGGCGCAGGUCCCGAAGGCCAAGCUAGCAAAGAAGAUGGCAAGAGAGCAGAAGACAAAGCUAAUUCUGAGGAAUCCUCUGCUACUAAAGAGUCCUCAAGCAGUGAGGGCGCUGAGCAGAAAAAGAGCCCUGUUGAGGAGGACAGAGAUACAAAGACAGUCUCAAAGGAUGAGAAAGGCCGUGCAGGUGGUGGUUCUGGCAGAAACCUGUGGGUUAGUGGACUUUCAUCCUCUACUAGAGCUACAGACUUGAAGAAUCUUUUCAGCAAGUAUGGAAAGGUGGUAGGUGCAAAAGUAGUGACAAAUGCUCGCAGCCCUGGGUCUCGCUGUUAUGGCUUUGUUACAAUGUCAACGUCUGAAGAAGCCACUAAGUGUAUUAAUCACCUCCACAGGACAGAGCUGCAUGGAAAGAUGAUUUCUGUGGAAAAGGCAAAAAAUGAACCAGCUGGAAAAAAGCCUUUGGACAAAAAGGAAGGUGAAACAAGGAAGGAAAAAGACAGGCAUCAUUCUGCAGAGUCCAAAUCUGAGAAAUCUGUUGGUGUUAAGAGGGAGGAGAAGAUGGACAGAAAAGAUGAUGCAAAGAAAUCAGAAAAAGAAGGCAAAGAGAAAGAAGAGCAAAAGGCAGGAUCCUCUGAUAGAUCUCGGACUAGCAAAUCAGCAAGUCGGGGAACUGAAAGGACAGUGGUAAUGGAUAAAUCUAAAGGAGAACCAGUGAUUAGUGUGAAAACAUCUGCAUCAAAAGAGAGGAGUACAAAAAGCCAGGACCGGAAAUCUGAGAGCAAAGAAAAACAAGAUAUUUUAUCAUUUGAUAAAAUCAAAGAACAGAGAGAGCGGGAACGGCAGAGACAGAGGGAGCGAGAGAUCAGGGAAACGGAGAGACGCCGAGAGAGAGAGAGGCGAGAACGAGAACAACGACUGCAGGCUAUUCACGAGCGGGAUGAAAGACAGAGGCUGCAGAGAGAGAGAGAAAGACUGGAAUUUCAGAGGCAGCGUCUUGACAGAGAACGUUUGGAGAGGGAGAGACUGGAGAGAGAAAGGAUGCACAUAGAGCAGGAAAGGAGAAGAGAACAGGAAAGGAUCCAACGAGAGAGGGAAGAGCUGCGUCGGCAGCAGGAGCAGCUGCGCUACGAGCAAGAGCGGCGAUCUGCCAUGAGGAGGCCUUAUGAUCCUGAGGGCAGACGUGAUGAGCUGUACUGGCCUGAGGCGAAGCGCCUGGCCAUGGAUGAGCGGUACCACUCGGAGUUCAGCCGCCAGGAUCGCUUCCAUGACUUUGACCACAGGGAUCGUGGCAGAUACCAGGAUCAUUGCUUGGACAGAAGAGACGGUUCAAGAGGAAUACCAGAUCGAGAUGGUCAGCAUUACCCAGACGAACGCCACGGUGGCCCCGAUCGUCACUCCCGGGAUAGUUGGGGUGGCUAUGGGUCUGACAGAAGAAUGGGUGAAGGUAGAGGGAUGCCCCCCCAAACUCGAGAUGGACGUGGCUGGGGAGAUCAUGGUCGAAAGUUAGAGGGGCAUCAAGAUCGUUCAUGGCAGGGAAAUGUGGCUGGAGGAAUGAUGGGACGGGAUCAGGAGAGAUGGCAAGGUGGUGAUAGAGGCAAGCCUGGUCAGUCAGGACCAGGCCAUGUGAUGAAUCGAGGAGGGAUGUCAGGGCACGGGGGCUUUACACAAGUUGAAAACCAGAGCCAGGUGACACAGAGUAGUGGAAUUCAAGGAGUGUUUGCAGGCCAGGAGAGGACAAACAGAGCAACUGAGCCCAGAUUCACCCGGCGUUACUGAAAGCACUAUAUAUGUUCAUAUAUAUAUAUAUAUAUAUAUAUUUUAUUUUUUUUAAUGCCAGAUGACAAUGGUGGUGAGUUUUAUUAACCAGGGUCACGUUGAAUUUGUGAUGACAAAAAGCCAGCUUGUGUGUAGACAAAAACAACAACUCCAUGGGUUUGUUGGUUUGGUUUCCUUUCUUUUGUAAUAAACGUGUUCUUGGUCAAACAUCACUUCAAGCUUCUGUUAGUGAAACAUUCCAUUUUUCAAAAAUAAUAAAUCAGUUUUCAGCUAC